AUGACUCGUGAUUUACAAAACCAUCUAUUAUUCGAAACCGCAACAGAAGUGGCCAACAGAGUGGGUGGGAUCUAUUCCGUCCUAAAAUCUAAAGCUCCAAUAACAGUAGCCCAAUAUAAAGACAAUUACUGUCUAAUUGGUCCCCUAAAUAAAGCAACAUACCAAAAUGAAGUAGACCAACUAGAUUGGGAAUCUCCUGAAACAUUCCCUGAUGAAUUGAAACCAAUUCAAACUGCAUUACACGCUAUGCGUUCCAGAGGGGUCAAUUUCAUCUAUGCAAAAUGGUUAAUCGAGGGAUCUCCUCGUGUUAUCCUAUUCGAUUUGGAUUCAGUUAAGGGAUUCUUAAACGAAUGGAAGGGAGAUCUGUGGUCCUUGGUGGGGAUCCCAUCUCCUGAAAAUGAUUUCGAAACUAAUGACGCUAUAUUGUUAGGUUAUACAGUGGCUUGGUUCCUUGGAGAAUUGACUGCAGUUGAUAAACAACAUGCCAUUAUUGCACAUUUCCAUGAAUGGCUUGCUGGUGUAGCAUUACCAUUGUGUCGUAAGAGAAUGAUUGAUGUCGUUACUAUCUUUACUACGCAUGCUACCCUUUUAGGGAGAUAUUUAUGUGCCGCUGGUGAUGUAGAUUUUUAUAAUAACUUGGAAAAAUUUGAUGUCGAUCAAGAAGCUGGUAAAAGAGGAAUUUAUCAUAGAUAUUGUAUUGAAAGAGCCGCUGCUCAUACUGCAGAUGUUUUCACCACUGUUUCACAAAUCACUGCUUAUGAAGCUGAGCAUCUUUUGAAAAGGAAACCAGAUGGGAUUUUACCAAAUGGUUUGAACGUUAUUAAAUUUCAAGCUGUUCAUGAAUUCCAAAAUUUACAUGCUUUGAAAAAGGAAAAGAUUAAUGAAUUUGUUAGAGGCCAUUUCCAUGGUUGUUUCGAUUUCGAUUUGGAUAAUACUGUUUAUUUCUUUACAGCUGGUAGAUAUGAAUAUAAAAAUAAAGGUGCAGAUAUGUUUAUUGAGGCAUUAGCAAGAUUAAAUUAUAGAUUAAAAGUUGCUGGUUCUAAAUUGACUGUCGUGGCAUUCAUUAUUAUGCCUGCCAAAAAUAAUUCAUUUACUGUGGAAGCUUUAAGAGGUCAAGCUGUAGUUAAAUCUUUGGAAAAUACUGUUAACGAAGUGACAAACUCAAUUGGUAAAAGAAUCUUUGAUCAUGCAAUGAAAUUCCCUAAUAAUGGUAUAACGUCGGAAAUUCCAGUCAAUUUAGACGAAUUGUUGAAACCUUCAGAUAAAGUCCUCUUAAAGAAACGUGUGCUUGGUUUGAGAAGGGCACCUGGUGAAUUACCUCCGAUUGUAACACAUAAUAUGGUUGAUGAUGCAAGAGAUCCAAUCCUAAAUCAAAUUAGACAUGUUCAAUUAUUUAAUAAUUCAUCUGAUAGAGUUAAAGUUAUUUUUCAUCCUGAAUUUUUGAACGCCAAUAAUCCAAUCUUAGGCCUAGAUUAUGAUGAAUUCGUUCGUGGUUGCCACUUAGGUGUUUUCCCAUCAUAUUAUGAGCCUUGGGGAUAUACACCAGCUGAAUGUACCGUUAUGGGUGUUCCUUCAAUUACUACUAAUCUAUCAGGAUUCGGUGCUUAUAUGGAAGAUUUAAUUGAAACUAAUCAAGCUAAAGAUUAUGGUAUUUACAUUGUGGAUCGUAGAUUUAAGAAUCCAGAUGAAUCUGUCGAACAAUUGGUUGAUUAUAUGGAAGAAUUCUGUAAAAAGACAAGAAGACAAAGAAUUAACCAAAGAAACAGAACAGAAAGAUUAUCAGAUUUAUUAGACUGGAAACGUAUGGGUCUAGAAUAUGUUAAAGCUAGACAAUUAGCAUUACGUAGAGCAUAUCCUGAACAAUUUAAACAAUUGGUUGGUGCAGACCUAAGUGAUACUAAUAUGGACUCGUUAGCUGGUGGUAAGAAACUCAAGAUUGCAAGACCACUAAGUGUCCCAGGUUCACCUAGAGAAUCUAGGUCAGGCAGUGUUAGUGUUGCAUAUAUGACACCAGGUGACUUGGGUACUCUACAGGAUGCCAAUAAUGCCGAUGAUUACUUCAAUCUGAGCCUUACAGGCGCGCAUGAUGACGACGAUGAACAAGGUCCAUUCGUAGAUGAUAACUGA